AUGGAGCGCAUCCACCACAUCAACCCAUUCGCCAAGCGCGACGAGCACAGCAAGAACACCAUCAUCACCUACAAGCUGCUCACCAUCAUCACAUGGCUGCUCUCCGUAGUCGUCUCCUUCGAGUACACGAUCAACGACCCGCAUGAUGGCCCGUACCACCGCCGGUCGAUCUGGAGACAGAAUGACCACUACCUCACGGCAUUCCGUAUGAACCACAUCAUCACGACCAUCUACUGGCUCGCCAUGUUCAUCCUGCAGGCCAUCUACAUCUCCCACCUCUUCUCCAACACCACUGGCCGUGUCAACGAGGCCUGCUCCGUGGGUAGCCACUUCAUUCUGAACAACCUACUCCACUUUGCCUGGGUAAUGCUGUUUGUGCGCUCCUUCUUUGGGCUUUCCGAACUCAUCCUGAUCCUCAACUUCAUCAACCUGUCCUCACUGUACUUCCGCCACCCUGGAUAUGCGCGCUUCAUCCACACUCCCGUGGUUUCUGGCCCGCUUGCGUGGACCUUCGUUGCCAUCUACUGGAACGGUGCCAUCAUGGUCCACCAUCCGGAGGGCCUCGUCGCCCGCAUUUUCGGCAACAUCUUCAUCUGGUCCAUCCUCGCCUAUGGCUUGUUCUUUAUCGUCUACUACAAGGAUUACACAAUGGGCUUCAACCUCAGCGUCUUGUCGGCCGCCAUUGGUGUCGCCCAGUUUUUCCGCCAGAUCAUCGCCUUUCAGUGGAUCUUUGCAUUCACCAUCAUGGCUGUCCUCUUUGUUGCCACUGUGGUGAUUGCCAUCCCUGCAGCCACUGGCCGUGGUAAGACCACCCCGGGUGCUCAGACUGAUGCAGAGCGCGCCCCUCUGCUCGCCGACAACUAG